AUGCUGCUCCUGCCACUGGCAUCCCUUGCGGUUCUCUUGCCAGUUGGUGACACUCAGGAUGGCUUCCAGGGUCCAACCACUUUCCACGUCAUCCAAAUCGUAUCCUUUGCCAACCGCACCUGGGUGCAGAAUCGAGCCUCAGGCUGGCUGGGUGACUUGCAGCUUCAGACUUGGGACAGUGAUUCAGGAGCUAUCAUAUUCCUGAAGCCCUGGUCUAAGGGCAACUUCAGUGAUGAAGAGCUAUCUGGGCUACAGGAUCUCUUCCGAGUCUACAUCUUUGGAUUCAUUGCAGAAGUGCACAAACUUGCAAGUGAAUUCCAGCUGGAGUAUCCAUUUGAGAUCCAGGGAAUCACAGGUUGUGAGUUGCAUUCUGGAGGUGCCUUUGCAAGCUUCUUGAAGGGAGCUUUAGGAGGGCUGGAUUUCCUGAGCAUCCAGAAUUAUUCAUGUUGGCCUGCCCCAGAAGGUGGCACCAGGGCACAGAUGUUCUGCAUUUUCAUCUCUCAGUACAAAGCUAUCCGUCAGAUUGUGGAGACGCUCCUUGUAAAAGUUUGUCCUCAGUAUCUCUUGAGCAUCCUUGAAGAGGGGAAGGCAGAUCUGCAGAAGCAAGUGAAGCCCGAGGCCUGGCUGUCCAGUGGUCCCAGCCCUGGGCCCGGCCGUCUGCAGCUGGUGUGCCACGUCUCUGGCUUCCACCCGAAGCCCGUGUGGGUGACGUGGAUGCGGGGUGAGCAGGAGCAGAAGGACACUCAGCGAGGGGACGUCCUGCCCAAUGCUGAUGAGACCUGGUAUCUCCGAGUGACCCUGGAUGUGGCUGCAGGGGAGGCUGCUGGGCUGUCUUGUCGAGUGCAGCACAGCAGUCUAGGAGGGCAGGACAUCGUCCUCCACUGGGGACAUCCCACCUCCGUGGGCUGGAUCAUUUUGGCGGUAAUACUGUCCUGUUUGAUGCUUUCGCUGUGCUUUGCAUUAUGGUUUUUAAGGCACUGGUCCUAUGAGAACAUCUUGUAA